AUGUCUGAAUAUAUGGGGAAAUUUAUGCCAUAUAGUACUUCCACAUCAACGUCAGCCUCCGAGCCAAAACGACAUGCAGCAUGCGACGAGUGUAGGAAACGAAAGCUCAAAUGCUCAGGAGAAAUUAUGGGGUGCUCUCGCUGCUUGAAACAGUCAAUACCUUGUCAAUACUCCCUACAGAAGACAAUGGGCAGGCCCCCCAAGAAAAGGGCGCCAGCUGACGACGGACUCGACUCAAACAAUAUCAACCCCGUCUGGCCUAGUCCAGAGGAUAUUCCUAAUAGUCCUUUUCCCAUGAUGACAGAUCCCGCCAAUGUUGCAGACUCACGGCAUCUUUGUCCACUACUUUAUUGGCAGUCAACUGGCCAACUGCCCUCCUCAGAGCCUGUGACCAAGCUACUCGAUACUCACAAGAAUCAUGACCAUAGCUGGUUACCAGACCAACUCCGAACCCCAAAUCUGCCGGUUCCUCAAUCUUCAAGUCCAUGGCCGGAUUUUGCAAGUGUUUCCGAAGCCUCGGCUAUGCCAUUCCUCUCCCUGGGGGGUUUCCCAGAUAUGAAUUCCCUCCCUCUCACACCACAAUCCAUUUCCUCCGACUCCGUCGCUCCUCAGUGCACUUGUUUAUCAUAUCUAUACCUCUGCCUCAGUCAUAUCUCAUCUCUUGCCGCCUUUCCCGUCAACUCACAUACUAUCUGCUCUCUCUACAUAGCCGCCAGAGCGGUUCAGGAUGUAAUUAGCUGCCAGGUGUGCCCUAAGAACUUUGCCUCGCGCAUCCAAAAUAUUAUGUUCACGGCCACUCUACUGAAUGUUGUGGCAGACGCUUGGCUACGCGUGUACAGCAGUGAGGCUCCCGAGCUGGGUAUGCAAACUGCAACGCCGGAAUGUGUCUCGCGUGUACUACAGAGUGACGAUCCAGCGCAGACUUGGGAAAGUUGGCUCCAUCAUGUGGUUCGCCGUGCUAUCAUUGGUGGACCUCGCGAUCCAGACUUCACGAAUUCUCGUUGUGCAAACCAACCGGAUGUCUUGACUCUUGUACAGGAAUUGGAAGAUCGCCAGCGAAGGUGGCAUGAACCUGGAUCGAACAUAUUCUCGAAUGAUUUCCAUGCUCGAAAUUUUGAAUUCGGACCUGACCUCCAUCAGCAUGAUGAACCGCUUGAUGAGAAGGAGAUGGUUUGUUUACGAGUCGCUGGGAGCACACGACGUAUUAUUGCAAAGUUCAACUUCGAGCCUCAUGAAUUCCCUAACGGGUUUAUCCCUAACAACUUGAAGCGUGAAAUUAGCCCAUAA